AUGGAAAAAAUAGAUGAUUUACGUUACCUCAUCAAAAUUAAUGAAAAGGAAAAGAAAGUAAUCCACCAUGAUCGCUUGAAAAAGUAUGUUUCCAAUGUCAAAGAAAAGUCUGCUCAUGAGUUUGAAACAGAUGUUGAUGAGCCUAUUAAGGUCAUGGAAAAAAGGGGCCGGGAACGUAAGAAGCCAGGGUGGCUAGAAGAGAGCGGGAGGAAAGGCAAGGAUUGCAGAGAACAGAUCCCGCCACCAUUGGGAUGGAAUCACGAGCGGGCGUAUUUCUGCUGGAAGACAUUCGAAACACAAGAGGCUUUGGAUGUGCACAUUGCCUGUGCACAUCGGGAGACUGAGUUGUGUGGGGUAUGGGGGUGUGGGGCAAAGUAUUGCCCCAAUGAUGAGGAACUAUUACAGUUGCAUCGCCUGCGACAGCAUGCCCUAUCCCCCGGAAGGGAAGAGCCCCUGAACAAACAACCAAAAAGGGUAUUGCGGGCCAUCACUGUUGUAGAUGGACCCAGGUCGACAGGUCUGACCUUUACUUCCAAGCCGUCAGCUUCCACCUCCACGACACCUGCAUUGGUGGCUAGUACAACACCAACUGCUUCGACUGGUGCAGCUUCAGCUGGAUCUUCCACAGGCCGAACAGGGGAUGCAGAUGGGGAGAAGAAAGAUCCCCUAUGGCCACAAACCGGGUUAGGUGCAUCUCUAGACAUGCAAUUGUUGGAUUGGGUCCAGGAAUGCCUUGAGAAGCAGAGAAGGAGAACAGUGGGAUGGACCAGAGUCUGCCAAGGCCUGGUACAUUGGGACUCUAGAACCCCUAGACUUUGAUUUCGAUUUUUAAUAUCAGUAGGAUUACGCACGAUGAUAGCAGAAUGUGAACUUUUUGGGACUGUAAAUAAAUAAAGAAACCUAAAUUAUCCUGGACUUUUUGAAGUAUUUUAGAAUACUUUAACUAUAACUUUUUAGAAUCAGUUCAUCCUUAAGCUAACCUUCACUUAUGGACUUUCGAGAUCAGUUUUAAUUUUAGGCUAGUAAAAUUUAACUUUUGGUGGCGAUUAAUUCAAAUUGGACUUUUGAAACAUUUGAAAACUAUGUAAUAUACUGUAAAUAAUAGAAGUAGUAAGCAAACUUGUAGUUAUUGUCUUGAAACUUGGUUCUAAAAACCCUUGAAUGGUCUGUGGUUUUGGAAAGUAAACUUACUUAUAUUUUUUCGACAAUUUAAGUGCAUUGGGCCUUAAUUGGGACUUUUCUGAGUGAUAAAUUGUUUUGUUGUCUUAAUUUUUGCCCAGUUUUGGUGAAUGCAGACAUUGAUCAUGAAACCUUACUCUGGUAAUCAGCUGAUAGUAAUGGU